UAAAGGCUUUUAUUUUAAGACCUCCAUACAAGGCUUUAACUAUCAAGUGAGCCCUAGGUUGCUGACCCAGGCUAGCCCAACAAGAAAAGAAAAGCUAUAUAUACAUCGUUGCAAAUGCAAAUUCAUUCCUCGGUUAAUCAAGUAAUCCAAACAACAGCACCGGCCCAUCUUUACGUACUCUGCGCUUCGCGCGUUUUUUUCUUGCGUACUUAUAUUCGAUUCUGGCCUUCUCAUUUUGAAAUUUCAAAUUUCGCUGAAUUUGCUACUUGUGCGUACGUACUUACCUAAGCGGUCACUUAGCGAAUUCAACAUUCAAGAAAGUAAUUAGGGAUCGCAAAUUGCUUUCACAUUUCACUUCUUUGAUUUUCUUACCGUAAUUCUGAUGCUUGCAUUGAAUAUUCCCGCUUUAGAUUGAUUUUUCCUUGCAUUCUUGUUGUCUUCUCUGUAAGUGAUGUCGUUUCUGCAUAAUUACUUUGCAAAUUUGUUCCAGUUUUUGCUUAUGUGCUAAUUCUGAGUGUGUUACUGUUUUAUUCUUUUUUUUUUUUUGUGUGUGUGUGUGUGUGUGUGGUUAGUGUUCAGUUGUAAUUGGAUCGAUAGCUUUAGAUUACUGUUUGGUGAUUUUUAAUGCUGUGUGUUUUUGGACAGGUUAUAGCUGCAGUUAUGAAUUAAGUUAUGUUCAUCAUUUGCAUGCUAAUAUGUUUUGAUUUUAGUAAUAGCUGUGAUUUUUUUUCUUUAAUUUUAUUCUCACAGCAAACAAGCUUGGCAAUGGAUUCAUAUACUCUGAAGUCUCUAUCAGAUUUGCCAGAAAUAUUUCGUUCAAUUUUCAGCUUCAGGUACUUUAAUUCGCUGCAAAGUGAGUGCUUUCCUAUCUGUUUCCACUCCGAUAUUAAUAUGGUUAUCUCAGCACCAACUGGAAGUGGUAAAACAGUGCUCUUUGAGCUUUGUAUAUUGAGGGUUCUGUCAAGGUUCAUAUCUGAAGGGAGGUUUAAUCACAUUAAGGGAACUCUGAAGACAAUCUACAUAGCGCCAUCUAAGGCUUUAGUGCAGGAAAAACUCCGGGAUUGGAAUCAGAAAUUUGGUCCACUGGGUAUAAAUUGCUUGGAAUUGACAGGGGACAAUGAAUUUUACAACAAAAGGACGGUACAAGAAGCAGAUAUUAUCCUAACUACUCCUGAGAAAUUUGAUGCUGUGACUCGAUAUCGCAUAAAGGAUGGUGGUUUGAGCUUUUUUAGUGACAUUAUUCUUCUGCUUAUCGAUGAAGUUCACCUACUGAAUGAUCCGCGGGGAGCAGCAUUGGAGGCAAUAGUUAGUAGAAUAAAAAUGCUUGCUCAUAACCCUGAAAUGAAAUCAAGUCCUUUAUCUUGUAUCCGUUUUCUGGCAGUUUCAGCCACAAUUCCGAACAUUGAGGACAUUGCUGAAUGGCUUAGUGUUCCGGUCGAAGGAAUCAAAAGGUUUGGAGAAGAAAUGAGGCCUGUAAAGUUGACAACUAAAGUUUUUGGCUACACACCAGCAAAGAAUGACUUUCUAUUUGAAAAGCGCCUUCAAAACUAUGUUUUUGAUAUUUUGAUGCAAUAUUCAAGAGGGAAAUCUGCUCUUGUUUUUUGUUCAACUAGAAAAGGAGCCCAAGAAGCAGCACAGCGACUGUCUCAGACAGCAAUGACCUUUGGCUAUUCAAAUCCAUUCAUCAAAGACAAAGAACAGCAGGAAAGGCUGAGGGAGGCUUCACUGUCAUGUAGUGACAGACAAAUGCAAUCUUAUAUCAUUUACGGGGUUGGUUAUCACAAUGGGGGGCUUUGCUUGAAGGAUCGCAGCCUUGUUGAGAGUCUCUUUCUCAAGGGUGAUAUUAAAAUCCUGUGUACUACAAACACCCUUGCUCAUGGAAUCAACUUACCCGCACAUACAGUUGUCAUAAAAUCAACACAGCACUUCAACAAGGAGAAAGGUCUUUACAUGGAGUAUGACAGAUCCACAAUACUGCAGAUGUGUGGGAGAGCAGGUCGGCCUCCAUUUGAUGAUACUGGACUGGUUAUAAUCAUGACAAGAAGAGAAACAGUUCAUCUAUAUGAGAAUCUCUUGAAUGGAUGUGAAAUGGUAGAAUCGCAAUUACUUUCAUGUGUGACAGAGCACUUGACUGCAGAGAUAGUUCAAUUGACUGUUUCUGACAUUGCAAGGGCAAUCGAAUGGGUGAAGUGCUCAUAUUUAUAUGUGAGGAUGAAAAAGAACCCUGAGAGAUAUGCAGUUAGAAAAGGGAUUUCUACAGAUCGAAUAGAUAAGCAUGUACAAGAGAUUUCUCUUCAGAAAGUUAAUGAGUUGUCACGCCACGAAAUGAUCUGGACGGGUGAAGAUGGAUUCCUUCUAAAGCCACUAGAGCUUGGAAGAUUGAUGACCAAGUACUAUCUGAAACUUGAUACGAUGAAACACAUCAUGCAGACCCCAGAUAAAUGCAGUUUGGAAGAUGCACUUAAUGUUAUCUGCCGUGCAGAGGAAAUUGCUUGGAUACAACUCAGACGCACUGAGAAGAAGCUUCUAAAUGACAUCAAUAUCGACAAAGAUGGCCGACUUCGCUUUCACAUAAAUGGAGAUAAAGGGAAACGGAAAAAACGUAUUCAAACUAGAGAAGAGAAGAUAUUUGUUUUAGCAAAUGAUUGCUUGACUGGGGAUCCUUCAGCUCAUGAUUUAUCCCUAACCCAGGACACAAAUUCUAUAUGCUCAAACGGGUGCAGAAUUGCUAAGUGCAUGAGAGAGUACUUUAUUUUCAAAAAGAAUUAUAAAGGAGCUGUGAACUCAAUCCUUCUAGCCAAAUCAUUGUAUCAGAAACUAUGGGAUGAUAGUCCAUACUUGUUGAAACAAUUGGCUGGUAUAGGCAUGGUGACAGCAAAGGCUCUACAUUCAAUGGGUAUCAAAUCAUUUGGUGAACUAGCUGAAGCUGAUCCGAGGAGAAUAGAGAUAGUUACUGGCCGGAAGUUCCCAUUUGGGAAUCAUAUCAAGGAUUCUCUGCUGUCAUUACCUCCAAAAGUCAACAUUAGGAUUGAGGAAACUGUUUGCCAGAGGAAAGGGAAGUCCAAACUAGUAGUGACAUUGACUAGAUUAUCACAACCCGUCCAAUCAAUCAAACGACAUUAUGCUGAUAUGAUUGUUGCUACGGAAGAAGAUAACCUGAUUCAUUUUCAUGAGAAAAUAAGAGUCGACGAGUUCACCAGUCCCUACAGCGCAACACUCCUUUUAUCAAUUUCUGAAGGACAGAAGAUGACAGUCAAGGCUGAUCUUAUUUUUGAAGAAUACAUUGGUCUUGACUUCCAUAAUAAACUUGUACUGAUGGACAAUGAUUCAGACAUGAACUCCAAACGUGGGCAUAAACGGCCUUCAUUUUUUCCUCCGCCUGAGGUAGUCUGUGUCAUAGAAGAUGACAAUGAAACUAUAUCUUAUGCUUCAUCUGAUAGGCUUUGCAAUUGGGAAAAAUCUAAAGCAGAUAACAGCUCAAUGCCGAGUUUCAAACUCAUAGAUGAAGAGUUGGAAGAAGGUGCGCCGGCUGUUGAAAGAGAAAAGGACAAUUCUAAAAUUGUAUCUGAACAAGAAAUAUUUGACCAUAUACGUGAAAAAGCCAAGAACUUCCCCAACUUCACUCCCUCAAGAACUGCCUGUUCUCCAUCGUUAGAGACCCAUCUUUUCACAAGAAAGCAUCGUCACGAGAAUGACCUUAUGCUUGAUGGUAAGCCGGAUGCUAUAGAGGUCACAGAGGGAAGCAAAACUUCACAACAGACUGUCCUGAAUCUGACUUCAGAAUUCAGGGAGAUGGAGCACAAUGAGCAUAAUAUCAAAAGCUCUCCGACUCUACAGCCUAGCACAACUGCUAGAAGUUUGUUUACGAUGAACUUGAUGGAAGAGAAAGGUGGGCAUAACAUGCGAAAUUUAACUGAAGAAACAAUAUUUGGGCACAUAAGGGAAAAAGCCGAUAAUUUUCCUGUGUUAUCGAAGAUUAAGCAGUCGGAAUCUCCGGCCUGGACAAUGGAACACUACGCUGAGAAUCUGCCUGACUUUCACAUUGGUGCUUCUGAUGCAUUGAGAGAAAUGAAGUCUGACGACAAGAUUACGAGGAACAGUAUAAUCAUUUCAGAACUGGAGCCUGGAGGAAUAGUUGGUGAUGCAUGUGGGGCAACGGUGAUUGAAAGGAAAUCUUCUCGUAGCCCACGUGGAACGCACGAGAGUUUGAGUAUUCCUCCAAAAGUUUCAAACAUCAGUAAUGCUCCAUCUUCAAUUGGCAUUUUGUCUUUUGACAUCUCCAUGAUAAAGGAUACCGUUGGAUCGAUGGACACAGCAAGCUCCAUGGAGUAUAACAGGAAGAAGCGUUAUUCCUCAAAUGGAUCAAAAAGGCAGUGCUGCUCGCUGGCAGUGGAAGGCAAAACAAGUGAAGUAGAUUCAUUUCUUGGAUUUGAAAGUGUGUUUUCAUUUCUUUGAUUGUCUUUCUUUUAUUAUUUGAAAUUCACACAAGAGUUUCAGGUAAUAUGAGUGGACGGACAAUAGUCAGUCUACAUGUGAUUCAUCUGUUUUAGUUCCUUACUCCUGGUUAUAGUACGUUUCAAUACUGGAGCGAGUGCCAACGCCAUCAGCAUUACCAAGUGAAACGGUAUUUUUCAUAAGGUGCAACUCCGUAUUUCAACAUGUGCCAAAUUGGAAUUUUAGUUUUUCCUUGCAUACUCUCUGCACCUUUGCCGUAUUGAAAAAUAAAAUCUGGAAGAUAUAUGUUAUUGGAUUGGAGUUUCAAUACGAUAUCAGUCGCAAGUGAAACUCACUGAGAAAUUGGUAUUGAUGAUCA